AAAAGUAAUUGACUGAUACAGCAAGGAGUGAAUGAGUGAGAAGGGAAUCAUGUGAAGUGCCGCCACUCGCUGCUCUCUCUUUCUAUCUCUCUUUGUGUUUGUGUUCUAUCAAAAUCAAAACAACCUUCUUCUUCAACCUUAAACUUCUAAGGUUUUGGUUUUUUCUCUGUAAAUUAUUCUGAGAAGAAGCACCUUCAAUCAUCAAUGGCUUCAACAGCCUCAAGGUUCAUCAAGUGUGUCACUGUUGGGGAUGGAGCUGUAGGGAAAACUUGCAUGCUCAUUUGCUACACUAGCAACAAAUUCCCCACGGACUAUAUCCCCACAGUGUUUGAUAAUUUCAGUGCAAAUGUGGUCAUGGAAGGCAUUACUGUCAAUUUAGGCCUCUGGGAUACAGCUGGGCAAGAGGAUUACAACAGGCUGAGGCCUUUGAGCUACAGAGGGGCAGAUGUCUUUGUCUUGGCUUUUUCUUUAGUUAGCCGUGCGAGUUAUGAGAAUGUGUUGAAAAAGUGGAUCCCUGAGCUCCAGCAUUUUGCCCCCGGCGUCCCGGUGGUACUAGUUGGAACCAAACUGGAUCUCCGCGAAGACAAGCACUAUUUGGCUGAUCAUCCUGGCCUGGUGCCCGUGACUUCUGAGCAAGGUGAAGAACUCCGCAAACAAAUUGGAGCGACCUAUUAUAUUGAGUGCAGCUCAAAAACUCAGCAGAAUGUCAAAGGAAUAUUUGAUGCUGCCAUCAGGAUGGUCAUCAAGCCUCCACAAAAGCAACAGGAGAAAAGGAAAAAACCACGGCGAGGCUGUUUCCUAAAUGUCCUCUGUGGAAGGAACAUUGUUCGACAUAACUGAAGCACUAUCUCUAUCUCAUCCAAAGGUUUUACCUGCUACCGGGGAAGCUGUUACCAUCCUGCAGAAAUUUUUAAUUCUCAACAUAAAAUCACUUGGCUGGAGUUUGCAGUAUAGCUACUACAUACAUUUGGUUGUUUUUUUAUUAGUUUUAUGUCUUGAGGGAUGGUGAAACAUUUACACCUGAUGUUUUGUAAAGAAAAUGCACUCAAUUUGUUGGCUAGCUAUCAUUUUGUUUGGAAGUGAUCAAGUUACAAUGUACAUGCAGCAUAAAUGAGGUUUAUGAUCCUUGUGAAAAGUUAGCUUAUUUUAAGUUCA